CCCUCCUGCGAGCAGCCACCACUCUUCCUGGGAACGCGGCUGGCCACACUGGUAGCUGCAGAAACUUGUCGUCUCCCACGGUGCUCUUACCUCAGAAGCCAGCCUUGGACACCUGCUCUACCUUACUGGCAACAAUUCUGGGAUUCCUUACCUCUGAGCAACACCUGGAUCCUGCCUUCAAAACCAGACCUAAGACCAAUCCUUUCCUUUUGAGCCUGGUCUCCCCCAGUGGCUGUUGUCCUGGGCCAUGGCCCACAGGCGGGGCCUGGGGCCUGGGCAGCUGCAAGCUGUGGCCAUUUUACUCUUCCUUGGACUAAUCCGGUUGGGAAUGGCUCUCUGCGGUGUAGUCCUCCAAGCCCGCAUCACAGGUGGCAACGAUUCAACGCCUGGGCAGUGGCCCUGGCAGGUCAGCAUCAUCUACAAUAACGACCACGUGUGUGGUGGGUCUCUCGUGUCUGAGGAGUGGGUGCUGUCGGCUGCACACUGUUUCCCUAGUGAACACAACAUAAAAGACUAUGAGGUGAGGCUGGGCGCCCACCAGCUGAACUCCUACACCGAAGACAAUGAGGUCCGCACAGUGGCUGAAAUCAUCACCUACCCCACCUACCAAGCUGAGGGCUCCGAGGGUGACAUUGCACUAGUCCGCCUCCAAAGACCCAUCAGUUUUACCCGCUACAUCAGGCCCAUCUGCCUCCCUGCAGCCAAUGCCUCCUUCCCCAAUGGCCUCAAAUGUACUGUCACUGGCUGGGGCCACGUGGCCCCCUCAGUGAGCCUCUCGGCCCCUAAGACAUUACAGCAACUUGAGGUGCCACUGAUCAGUCGUGAGACGUGUAACUGCCUGUACAACAUCGACUCCAAUCCCGAGGAGCCUCACACCAUCCAGCAGGACAUGGUGUGUGCUGGCUACGUGACAGGUGGCAAGGAUGCCUGCCAGGGUGACUCGGGGGGCCCACUCUCCUGCCCUGUGGAGGGUGUCUGGUACCUGACAGGCAUUGUGAGCUGGGGUGAUGCCUGCGGGGCACCCAACAGGCCUGGUGUGUAUACUCUGACUUCCAGUUAUGCCUCUUGGAUUCAACACCAAGCAGCCCAACUCCAGACUCACGUAGUGCCCCAAAUCCAGGAGUCCCAGCCUGACGCCUUCCUCUGCAGCAAGUCUUUGGCCCUCAACUCGGGCCCUGGUCACAAUGUGCUUCGGCCAAUCCUGCUGCUGCCACUGAGUCUGACCCUGAGGCCUCUGCUGCUCUUGACACAAGCACUGACCUGUGCACUCUGGAACUGACCCAACUUCCAGGACCAAAACAUCACACCCAAUGACAUACCUUUCAGGCCCAGGACCCUGCUUGGCUGCACCUUCCUCCUAGGAUUCUGUGGAGAGUCAGGGCACCAUUCUGAUCUCUGAGCCCAUUCUUCCAGAUUGGGUUCUUUUAAAUGGUAACCCAAGGUCAAGAGUUUUACGUCCUAUGGUACUGGUCAGGACCACUGGCCACCUCUGCCACUGCCUGUAGCUUACUGGUUAGGCUCCUGUGGAGCUCCCAAGAGCCCUUAACUCUGAACAUGGGCCCUAGCUCCCACCUGCUUCUACAGGACUAGGCAGCUGCCUGGCCAACAGCUGCUAAAGGGCUGACUCUAAGCCACCUGCCCUGCCUGAUGAGCCCAUCACUUGGCCUUCCUGUCUUCUGGGCUUGCCUGCCUUAGAGAUGGAAAAAGCCUUAAUCUUGCCCUAUUAGCCACCAAGCCCUCUUGAUUUCUGAUUCCCAGACUCCGGAGGACUGAGCCCCCACCGGAACUCAGCUGGAGGCUUGGAUGGGGGUGGGGAAUACAAAAUCAAGCAGUAAAAUGUUUUGAACACAA